ACGUGACCUUGUCCUUCAGAUACGUACCUCGAGGUAACUUACCCCUGAUGGCUGAUCGCUGCACCAGCCACAGUUAGCGCCACAGUAUCUCGCAGUAGGCUCACCAGCCACAUCUGAAAUCUGCGACGCGCUCGCAACUCCCAAAUUUAUCCUGAUCCAUCUCGAGCAGGUGGAAUUAUCACAACCGCCUCUUGCCAGCCGCCGGCGGCCUUCUCCCUCUUCAAGAGCAACAACAGUCGUCACUGCGAUCAUGGCCUUUCCUCCCGCCUUCCGAUGGCUGCCCAGCCGCGCGACAGUCCUCCCCAAGACGACCUCGCUAGCCGAAAGCUUUACCCGACUAUUCAGCACAUCGCCCAUGGCGGCCCUCAAAUCGGCCAACCCGGACAAGGCCAAUAAGCGCAAGAAGAAGGGCGGCCCGCAACGCUCCGAGCAUUUCAUCAAAGUGCGCACCCUCCGUCAGAACAUGUUCCCUCCACCACCGGCCCCCCUACGAAUGGCCCGUCUACGACACCUGCGUCACUGGACGAUCCACCGUGCGUGGCUCCUCUUCAGGCGCCAGCAGCGCGAAGCUAUGGAGAAGGAGCGCGCGAGGAUGCAGGCGGGCAUGUACAAUGCCUGCGAAGAGUUGAGAACGGUCAGCGGACCCGGCGAAGACAAGGGCGUGGGCUAUCUCUACCGCGUCGCCAUGGAGAAGAAGGGCGUUUGGGGCAAAGAUGCAGUACCCAUCGAGUACGCGCGGUACCAGACCGAUUACCCCGGAGCAACGCCUUGGAAUCACGACUGGAAGAGGCAAACCUAGGCCUAGGUCCCGGCGGAUCAUGUACAUCUGUAUCAGUAGCAUGUAAAGCGGCGUUAAAACAAGACUUGAUCAUU